AUGUCCGUGUCUUUGUCGGCUAUGCGAUUGCCGAGUAGUGGUUUGGAAUUGGGUUUAAGGCGGGGAUGGGGAUCAUGCUCGCAUAACAAUAACAACGAUAAUUGCAAUACUACUAACUAUAAGAAGAAGCUACUGGUUAUCUCUUCAUCUUCGGAUGAUGGAAUUGGAAAAAGGAAGACCAAGAGAGAUGAUAACAGCGGCUCUUUGGUGGUCUCCGGAACGACAGCUAGAGGACGAAGAUUGCUUAAACUUCGUGACGAUAAAAGGAAACGAGAAUACGAUCGCCUUCACAACUAUCCUGCCUGGGCCAAAGUUCUUGAAGAUGCUUGCAAAAACGACGAGGAACUUCGUGCUCUUCUUGGUGACAGCAUAGGCAACCCGGAACUGAUGAGGCAAAGAGUGGAAGAUAGAGUGAGGAAGAAAGGCCGAAGUAACUUUCACAAGUCUAAAACGGGUUCUGUUGUUUCCUUCAAAGUCAGCUUCCGAGAUUUCAACCCUAUUGAUUCCUACAUUUGGUUUGAGUUUUACGGCUCUCCUUCUGAUCAGGAUGUUGAUCUUAUUGGCACUGUGAUUCAAUCUUGGUAUCUAAUGGGACGUUUGGGUGGUUUCAAUUCUUCCAAUUUGCAGUUGGCAAAUUCAUCUAUGGAGUAUGAUCCCCUCUAUGAUGCAGAUAAGGGCUUCAAAGUGAUGCCAUCAUCAUUUCAUGAUAUCAGUGAUGUUGAGUUUCAGGAUAACUGGGGCCGUGUAGUUUUUGGGGGUCGCCGGAUGGGCGAUUGGGAAGAAGGGAUGACAAACCCGGAAUAUGGAUACAAGUACUUCAAAGUUAAAGCCGAGGAUGAUUUAAACACUUUGCUGAAUGUGUAUAGAGAAACAAGUGCUGCUGCGGCAUUUGCUUGA